CAUCUGUGCAUUCGCCGCUGCGCGCUUUAUGAAUAAUGCAAUUUUCCUGUAUUGUGGCGGCAUUCAAAGCGCCAGUGAAACAAUAAAAGUUUUGCAAAUCUGUUUAAGCGAAUAUUUGCGUGCUUGCAUUGCAGUCGGUGGCGGUGGCCUUUUGCCCACACUUUUAUUUAUGGCAACUGUCCGAUAGCGGAUCGCUUGUUGCACUGCUGAUUGUCUGAUCUGUCUGCCUAUGUACAUUGGAUGCGUUGCGGCGUACCGCGUCAGACCAUAUUGGCGGCCGGCAGAAUCGCACUUUUACAAGGUGCCAAGUGUGCCAUUUCGUGCUACGCCACCACCGCUCGCUCACUCAAUUCACAUACUCCCUUGUGCGCUGCCUUUCUGCGCGUGACUUCGAAGUGGGUCACAUUAGGUGGUGAACGGCGGCGCGACGCGACGCGCGUCACUUGGCAAAAACAAAAGCCAAAUUAAAAAGGAAUUUCGCACCAAUGUAAAACGUUGUAAAAACCAAAGCGCAAAAAAAACAAUAAAACAGAAGGAAAAAGAAUAACAAAUAAGUGCGAAAUCUGUAAGUGCUAAUUUAUGUUAUAAAUCCAAAUAUGGGCUUAGAGCUUAGCGCUGCCAAUGAAACGAAAAAAUUUAAUUAAUUUAACAAUGAGCGACUAUCGAAAUUGUUAGUGCCGCGAACGUGACGGAACGGGCGCGCGUUGAAUUGCACAAGGCGAUGCGAAAACGUGAAAGAGGUCGUUAGAGCAAGUUAAAUAAAAUAAUAUAAUAAUAUAAUUACAGAGAAUAAUUUUUUGCUCUCAGCGGUAGAAAAAACUUGUCUAAAAAUAAAAGCAGAAACUAUUAAUAUCUGCGCGCGUAGAAGCGUCAAAGAAAAGAAGUGAAAAUUCAUUCAUAAAAUCAAGUUGGCGCUCCCAAAACCUACGCGCUCCCCUCGCUCAACAUCUCUCAGCCUUCUCUUGCAGAGAGCGUCCGCAACGGUUUUCGAUUCUCGGAGCGCUUAACCACCGAAGAUGCAUACGCCACAUCUGGUCACUCCAUCAGCGCCGACGGCAGCGACGGCGUCAGCUGCUCACCACCACACCCAUCACCACCAAAACAACAACUACCAGCACUACGCUCCGCAUUAUCAAAACAACAACAGCAACUCAAGCUACAUACCACACGACCAAUCCACCACCAUUUUCAGCAAAACAAAUCCAACAUAUCACCACACUGCAACCAAUGCCACCACAAACGCCAACUCUAACCACACAAACAACACAAACAACACGAACAACACUUCAUCAUCAACGCCGUCUGCGCACAAAUUUGCGCCUGCACGUAGACUAGCUGCUCGUCAGACUUUGCGUCUGCAAAUACCCAAGCAACAGGGUGACUCGUAUGCCUUACAAAAUGCUUGCAAUGGUGGCGUGGGUGGUGCCGCUGCUUCUUCUACUUAUUAUAAACAUUCACCAUCACAGCUGCCGCCUGCGCCGAUCCUCAAGCGCCAUACGGCUACACCGACGCAAUCGCUUCAUGCGUCUAGCUCAUUUCCGAAAUCCGCUUCACCAUUGGAGUCACAUAAGCUGCCGAAUGUGGUUUGUAACAGCUCCUCGCCAUCCUCACAGUUAUCCUCGGCAUCGUCGUUGCUCUACAAUGGUAGCAACUAUAGCAGCAGCGGUUUGUCGAUACAUCCAGCUACAGCCACACCCACCAGCGGUGCGCAUAAAUUUUUGAAUUUGCGUAAGCCGAGCAUUACCUUGAAUUCGGCGGAUGUGCGUAACGGCAACACCAACAACAAUGGAAAUAGUAGCAGCAGCAUUGGCAGUUGUGGCAGUGAUUUGUUUGGCUUCACCAGGGAAUUGUCCCCCUCGAUUGACAUGAGCGAACAUUCUCCGAUUUUCGCCGAGCUCGCCUCAUCUAUAUCGCCUUCGACCACCAGUUCAGGCUGCUCACCCACGCAUCACAUAAAUCGUCUAUUCAGUCUAAGUCCUUCCACAAUGAGGAGUUAUGGCAAUGACGCUAAGUGUUUACGACGACGCUUCGGCAUGGGCAAUCGUAUGAGUAGUUUUUGGUGUAAAAAUUCGUCUUUGCAACUGCCAGACAACAACAACAGCAAUAACAAUAAAAACAACAAAACCGAACGUGGACAGAGUCAUAAUCGCAGUCCAAGUGGAUUUUUCAAGAGUUCCGGCAAUCGGCGAAUGUCACUGAAUUGCGUUUCGCGUAAGUCAAAAUCCAGCGGCGAUACAACAGCAACCAGAUCCACAACGGAGCAGGCUACAACAACAUUGAAAACACCCAUAAAUACAGCAACGACGCCAGCUGCUGCUGCUGCUAAAACUAUUGCAGCGCUGGACGAAUUAGUAGACUUUACAACAGCAACAACAAACUCAACGCCAGCAAGAUCGAAAAUCAGUACGACUGCAUCAUCAUCAUCUUUGCCAGCGCUAGCAGCUCCAACGACAACGACAACGACAACGACAACAACAGCAGCGAAAACCUCGCCCAACACGCCAUUAGCGAUGACAACGAUUCUGUCAUCAUCAUCAUCCAGGCACGAACAAGCUAGCGCAACAACAAUACGCAAUAUCAGCACCACCGCCGCCACCAGCAAAACAACCAGUCAACAGCAGCAGCAGCGACAAGCGAUAAAUAUGAAAACAAAUACACUACCGCCGAGAUCAACUAAAGCUACAACAACAACAACAACAGGAACAACAACAACAACGACCCCAACGAUAGUGAGAACACCGCCAGACGGUGGGCAAACAGGAACGCCGCCGCCGUCGCAAACAAGUCCGGCAGCAACUGCAGCCGCUUCGAAGCGCACACCAACAAUCUCGACAAUCGAACAAGAAUUUGCGAAACUAAUGAAAGCGCGUACGGGCACAGCAAAUAGUGAAAGCCGCUAUGGGGAGGAAGAUAGUAGAGAUUUUAAAAAUAAGAACACACAGCAAAAUCACUAUACAAUCAAGAAAAAUAUUGGCAAAGGCGGCGGCACCGAACGUUGUUCCGUAAAUGAUUUGAAAGCUUUGUUCUUAUCAGCGCCGCAAACAGCAGUGAAUUAUGCAUCAGCUGCAUCAGCAACGAAAACGAUAGCUGAGAGAAUAGCAGCGAAGAACUUAAAAUCUCCCGUGAAGGUCAUCAUUACAGCUGCAGACGAGAGCACAGACACAGAGGCCGUGGAAUACAACAGCAAGCGCGCAAAUGGAAAUCUACCCAGUAAACCCAUAAAUCAUGUUCAGCCAUAUAUGAAG